UGCUACCGAUUUUUCUUUCCUUUAUAACUCUUGCUCUUGCUUUUUCUCGCAACUAAAACUUUGCACAAGACUGGUCGGCCCAAUUAUCAGCCAGCCAGCCCCCUUUGGGUUUUUUCGUGCGUCCAGAAUUUACCCAGCAAAAGGUGCAAUCUUCUCGCAAAGGUCCAUGCAACGAGUGUAAAGUUUUGCAUUGCAGCUUUAAACGGAUGGGUGAGUCCACCACCACCACCAACACCCAGAUACCAGGUCUCCAGCUCUCUGCUGCCAACUCUUGAAGACCAGGUGAGGUCCCUUUAAAAGGGUCUUUGUUUCCAUUUCGUUGAGUCACCGGUGACGUCACAACUCUGCCCCAUUGUAUGACGUCAUUGAGAGAGAGGAGGCGGGGCUGCCCUCGGCCCCGCCCACCCCACCCAGCUGGCUGGGGCGGGGCUUCAAGCCAGGGCAAUGAGUGCCUUGGGUUCCCAAUGGAGCAAGCCUAGGAAGACCAAGGGAAGGUCCUGAUCCACCAUCCCCACCCAGAUCCAGAAUUCCUUCAGAGCCCAAGGAGAUUCCCCCUCUCCCCUUCCCUCUCCUCCUUCCCCUCCCCCUCGGAGCCCGGCCCGCUGCCACCGCGCUCUCUCUCUCUCUCUCCCUACCUCCCUCCACCUCUGCGGGCCAUGGACAAACCGGUCAAGAGCAUACUCAAGAAGGUCAGCAGCUCCGACUUGGUGAAAGGGAGGAGGCUUUCAGAGGAUGACAGUCAAAAAAAAUCACAGAGCUGGGAUGAGAUGAACAUAAUAGCCACCUAUAAACCCGUGGGGAAGGAUUAUGGCCAUAUGACAAUCAAUGAAGCAAAGACUCCUUACAGGCACAACGAAGACGACGAGGCUGGAAGCAGCACGGGUCCCGGUUUCAACAUGGAGGAGCUGAGAGCAAGGAUGGGAGCAUUGUCCACCACAACACCGCACAAGGGCAAGAAAGAGAAGCCGAGUGCUAAAAUCACGGACGCUGAUGACGAUGACCUCACUCAGGCUGACCAAGAAAAGAAACGGCAGUUUGAAAUUCGACGGAGGCAGAUUUACGAUGAGGGGCGGAACAUAAAGCGGGCGCGGGAACUGAUCGCCCGGGAGGAUCAGGAUGACCACGAGGAUUCCGACUCCGUACACGAUGAGGGGUAUAAGUACAGGGAGCAAGAUGAUCAGCAGAUUUACCCAGGUAACACCAGACUCAACCUGGUUCUGACUGUCAGUGUCGUCUUGACCGUCGGAGUCUUAAUCUAUGCUGCUUUGGCUAUCAGUCUGUGGUACUGGUCCACGGAAUGAACUGCAAUAUAGUGGAUGCUUCAAUAAAGUUUAAACAAAUAGAUGGUGGGACUUACUUAAAUCCAGCAUAGAUUCAUGUACUUAAAACCGGCUGAACUUAGACAGCUGCACGGAUAGGACAAGUUUGGAGGGAUAUGGACCAAAUACAGGCAGGUGGGACUAGUGUAGCGGGGACAUGUUGGCCGGUGUGGGCAAGUUGGGCCGAAGGGCCUGUUUCCACGCCGUAUCACUCUAUUACAUAGAAAUUAGGUGCAGGAGUAGAGGCCAUUCGGCCCUUCGAGCCUGCACCACCAUUCAAUAUGAUCACGGCUGAUCAUCCAACUCAGUAUCCCAUCCCUGCCUUCUCUCCAUACCCCCUGAUCCCUUUAGCCACAAGGGCCACAUCUAACUCCCUCUUAAAUAUAGCCAAUGAACUGUGUGGCCUCAACUACCUUCUGCGGCAGAGAAUUCCACAGAUUCACCACUCUCUGUGUGCGAAAAAUGUUUUCCUCAUCUCGGUCCUAAAAGAUUUCCCCCUUAUCCUUAAACUGUGACCCCUUGUUCUGGACUUCCCUAACAUCGGGAACAAUCUUCCUGCAUCUAGCCUGUCCAACCCCUUAAGAAUUUUGUAAGUUUCUAUAAGAUCCCCCCUCAAUCUUCUAAAUUCUAGCGAGUACAAACCGAGUCUAUCCAGUCUUUCUUCAUAUGAAAGUCCUGACAUCCCAGGAAUCAGUCUGGUGAACCUUCUCUGUACUCCCUCUAUGGCAAGAAUGUCUUUCCUCAGAUUAGGAGACCAAAACUGUACGCAAUACUCCAGGUGUGGUCUUACCAAGACCCUGUACAACUGCAGUAGAACCUCCCUGCUCCUAUACUCAAAUCCUUUUGCUAUGAAAGCUAACAUACCAUUCGCCUUCUUCACUGCCUGCUGCACCUGCAUGCCUACUUUUAAUGACUGGUGUACCAUGACACCCAGGUCUCGUUGCAUCUCCCCUUUUCCUAAUCGGCCACCAUUCAGAUAAUAAUCUACUUUC